UGUAAGUCAUUGUCCUUCACGACUAGAAGCUACAAACCAUCUUUGUAAAUUCAGCCAAUUGGCAGACUGCAACAACAUCAGUUUUAUUUCUUUCCCAUUGUCUUACUAGUGAUCACUUUAGCUUCAUUAAGGAGAGUGCAAACUGUAGUGUCAUUUUGCAAACAUUCGGCUUGUCCAUCAAGAAUGGAUCGAAUUUCCAUCCGAGCACUGCCAAUUUUGAUCUUUCUUCUUUUCCCAAUUGCAAACUCUGAAUUACUAGAAGUGAGAGAGGCACUAGUCCAAUUCAUGGAGAAACUUUCACCAGGUAAUGCCGAGAGAGAUCAGAAUUGGGGUUGGAACACGAGUUCAGACCCCUGCAAUGAAAAAUGGGUGGGUGUAUCUUGUGAUGAUGCAAAGCAGCAGUUUGUUAAAAGAAUUGUUCUUGAAGGGUUUAAUCUCAGUGGCGUUCUUGAGGCAAGUUCUGUUUGUAUAGCAAACUCUCUUACUGUCUUGAGCCUGAAAGGUAACAAUAUUGCUGGAGUUGUACCGGAGGACAUUUCGAAUUGUAAACAGUUGACUCACCUCUAUUUAAGUGGGAACCGAUUCUCUGGUAACCUUCCCGAUUCUCUAUCACAAUUAAGUAAUUUAAAAAGGCUUGAAAUAGCCAACAAUAACUUCUCUGGCGAGCUUCCGGAUGUGGCUCGAAUUUCAGGCCUGAUAACCUUCUAUGUUGAGAAUAAUCAGCUCAGUGGAGGGAUACCAGAUUUUGAUUUUCUCAAUCUUAAGGAUUUCAAUGUCUCCAACAACAACUUCAGCGGUCCAAUUCCUGAUGUCAAAGGCCGGUUCAGUGCUGACAGCUUUUCAGGUAAUCCUGGAUUAUGUGGAAAGCCACUAUCAAAUGCUUGCCCACCAACUCCCCCACCAGAGAAGAAAUCAAAAGAUUCAACAAAUCAGGUUCUUUUAUACUCGGGCUAUAUUAUCAUUGGUCUGUUGAUUUUGCUCUUCAUUGCCUUGAGAUUAGUUAGGAAAAAGAAGCCAAAUGCAAAGAAGACUGAUACUGUAAAGAAGGGAGUAGCACAGGAUACUGGUACCAAUAAGCCUAUUAGUACUUCAAGUGGAUUAAAGACUGGUGAGAAUAGAUCAGAGUAUUCCAUUACAUCUGCCGAGGGUGGAAUUGCCCCAUCAUCGCUUGUAGUUUUUUUAAGUCCGGCAGUGAAGGGAUUGAGAUUUGAAGAAGUGCUUCAAGCUCCAGCUGAAUUGCUUGGAAAGGGAAAACAUGGAAGCCUAUACAAGGUCAUGCUUGACAACGGAGCGAUCAUGGCUGUGAAAAGGUUAAAAGAUUGGGGCAUUUCAAGUGAAGACUUCAAGAGAAGAAUGGAGAAGAUAGACCAAGUGAAGCAUCCAAAUGUAUUGCCCCCAGUUGCAUAUUAUUGUUCUAAUCAAGAGAAGCUCUUGGUUUACGAAUAUCAGCCAAAUGGAAGUCUUUUCAAGCUUCUUCAUGAAUCCCAAAAUGGCCAAUCCUUUGACUGGGGAAGCAGACUAGGAGUUGCAGUUGCAAUUGCACAGUCUCUCGCGUUCAUGCACGACAAACUUCAUGAAGAUGGAAUUGCUCAUGGUAACCUAAAAUCCACCAACAUUUUGUUCAACAAGAACAUGGACCCAUGUGUGAGCGAAUAUGGCCUAAUGGAAAUUGAGAAUCAAGACCAAUCCUUCCUUGCUCGGUCCAGCAGCUUCAAGAGCGAUCAUAGCAGUGGCAAAAUGUAUAGCACCUUCAAGGUUGAUGUCUAUGGCUUUGGUGUGAUUCUUCUUGAGCUUCUAACAGGGAAGUUAGUCCAGAAUAGUGGGUUUGAUUUGGCUAAAUGGGUGCACUCGGUGGUUAGAGAGGAAUGGACCGUCGAAGUUUUUGACAGAGCCUUAAUUUUAGAAGGUGCAAAUGAAGAGAGGAUGGUGAACCUGUUACAAGUAGCACUGAAGUGCAUAAAUCCUUCUCCAAAUGAAAGGCCAACCAUAAAUCAAAUUGCUGUAAUGAUCAAUUCAAUAAAAGAGGAAGAAGAGAGAUCCAUGGACUCGGAAUCAUGAUUAGCUAAGCAAAUGACUACAUGAUGUGUAAGAACUUGCUGGGAAA